UUUGACAGAUAUAGCAAAUCAUAUGUACGCGUAAAUUUCCCUGUAGAAGACAUAACAAGCUUAUUUAAAAUCUGUUGGUUAAACGCGAUAUCUUUCUCGUCGUUAAUCCACGUUCGCGGUAAUCGAAAAUCAUGAUUCCCAGCAACGAUCAAUCCGUUUGUCGUUCUGUAUAAGAUCACAGGUUAUUAAGCUGGUUGACAGAAAGUAUGUACACGCACAAUGUGCGAAACAUUCAUAAUAUCAAUGUAAAGAGUAUGCGAAGUGUUCUACGCAAUUACCUAUGUUUGACUUAAUCGAUUUGGAUAUUUCCUAAGAAGAACGCUGUUAAUUCAUAUGAAAAAUGGAAUUGGUGAAACAGAGGGAGAAGAGAAAAGACAGAACCAGCAACAGGCUCUCUGCCGACGAGAUUUCGAUGGGAAUACCCGAUGCCCCGAUUUUGGAGGAAUUCGAAUGUCUCCUAGAAGUUGAACAGGUCACUAAUUCUUAUCCACAGGAUGACGAGGUGGACUAUAUCGAGAGAGAGUUACGUUCUGCUGCCAUCGACUGCGGAAUUGGAGAACAGAUCCAAGAGAUCGAGACCGACGAUGUGAUUGGACACCAAAGAAAUUUAAUUGCUUCUACGACGUCUAAUGGUACCAAAGAAAACGAGAGCGUAGAAAAGGAUGAGGCGGAUAAGAUAACGGUGGAUGUUCCGUCGCAGAUUAAUGACGUCGCACGAAAUCCAGAAUCUCAAUGUGAUGAACAGUUGAACGACACGGCUGAACAGGCCAAGAGUAUGUUUAAGGAGGAGUCUCGUAACACCGCUGCAUUUAACAAACAGGACCAUGCAGCGGAUUCUAGAUUGGAAGAAAACGUGAUGAAUCGUAGAGGCAGUCUAACUUCGACAGACUCUUGUAUCAAAUCAUUAGAUGAAAAAUUCGUCAAAGAGGAUUCCACGGCGAAAGAAGACCAUGUACGAAUGUCUAAAGAAAAAGAGAGUAACUCCUCAUCGUUGUAUUCACGAGCAGCUACACUAUUGAGCAAGAUGCAACACGAAGAACGUUCGGAGGAUCUUAUAGACGGUCUCGCUUCACCGGACUCCGUGAAACCUUUUACAGACAGGCAACUGGCUUCGUUGUAUCCAAACGAAGAGCUCGCAUUGCUCGAUUCUUUCAUAAACGAGUUUUUAUCCAGUCAUAUUCAACGCAGCGAUCACCGGCAUCGAUUAAAGGAAUUAUUGAGCGACUAUCUUCGUGCGAAGAAUCAUUUAAAUUCGAAUUCGAACGAUCUGGAGAGGUUGAAAAGAUUGUUCGGAGAUUUCAGGCAGAAAGUAUGGUGCCUGAAGAAGAAAUGCGUGACGGAAUCUGGAGAAUGCCAAGACGGCAAUCCCGUGGUGGCUAAUCACGAAUUUCUAACAGCUAUGUUCGAUUCCCAAGCGUAUCAAUCUCUACAGAGAACGUUAGGGGCCAUUAAAGACGGCUUCCACGAGAGUAGAUCGGUUUAUUGUUAUGAAUCAGAGAUUUAUAAAUUAUGUAUCGAGUACUAUAUCCAAAGUCUGAUCGCUGUGUGUAAAAAUCUCAUGGACGACAUAAAAAACAAUGGUAAAGGUAGCACCGUAGAAAACAACGUUUCGGUAGAUCAGGAAUCGAUCAGUUUAACUCCAAUAUCGAAUGGAAAAGAAAGAACGUCGGCUACGACGAUGAUGCGGAUGGAGUUACGGACGUGUAUUGCGAUCCUGUUCGAUUUUCAACGUUUAGGGUCCGUCAAGGAUGGGAGAUUCAUAACGGAUACCAGGGACUGGCUCACAAGAUUAGUGGCUAUAUUGCUGAGGCUGGCCACUUGGCAGGAUCACUUGUUCCUCUUGAAUCACAUUCUCAGAUGUCCAGGAGGCGUCACGUCCUGGGCAAGGAGUUACGUUCAAGCUCCCAUGCCCAUCGACUAUAGUUUAACCACGUCCAGACUGAGCGAUCUCUACUUGGAUCACGCAGUGACCGUAUUGGCCACUGUCUUGAUACCCAUCAGGGACCGGGAUAAGUUCCUUGAACAAGUUCGAAAAUCGUUUAUGGAGCCGUGCUCGGACAUAGAGCACGGUGACACCGUAUGGUUGAUGCUGGACGAGGAGGGCGAAGAAGACGAGGAUAUAGCCAACCUUGGUUUCAACCUCUUCGAGAGCGAUGUCAUUUCGCUACUGAACCAGAUACCGUUCACCAGGAUCUUCGAAAGGGCUCUGUGCAUCAUCAGGGACCAACAAAACGAACGUUUUCAUCAGGAUAAAGCUGGCGUGACCAGUCAGCAUCUGCUAAGGGUCUUCGCUUUCUUCACAGCCUUGGUAAGGAUUCUGAAUCAAGGAUUGAAGACCUACGACUCGCCUAGGUACAGGCAACUGACGAAGAAACUGAGCGCUCUGAUCAGAGACGUGCUGCAGUACGCCAACGACCAGUGGGAAGCUUUUGACAAUUCCCAGAUCAAGGAUCAAUCGACUUUGACGAAGCUUCAAUUGGAGUUCGAUUGUUUCUUUCUUCGAUCCGUCACGUGCAUAUACUCCUCUCGCCGCUUAGGUGCCUGGCAAUAUCUCGCCAGCAUUCCUUAUCACAUGAUAUCCUCGAAAGUUCUCUGGGAAAUAUAUUAUGUUCUCCACGUCGAUUUUUGUCGAAAUCAAUACCUGAACAUCGACAACUCUGACAAACAAGUGAACGAUUGGAUGAAGGAACUGAACUCGAAGGAUCUACGCGUCAAGUUUGAGGAGAGGCUGUCCGAAAUGCCAGGCGACGAGUCCUGCUAUCUUCUGACCACGUUCGCCAAUAUGGCAGUAGCUAGGGACUCCAGCGAUCGAGAUUUCAUCCACACGGUGACGCUCGACCUGUUUCAAACAGGUUUCCUCAGCGAGAAGACGAGAGAUUGCUGUUCCAAAGACGCUAGGCCGCUUUUAUCGAAUUUAAUCAAUCAGCAUCCAUCGUUAGUGUCAGUAAUCGUGCGAAAACUGGGAGAGAAGUCUGCACCGAUCGAAGUGCUCAGUCUGUAUUUAUUUAACGCGCUUCGUCUAGACAGUUGGAUACCGGAAGAGGAGGACAUGCUGAUCUUAUAUAAUUGGUUGGAUAAGUACCCGUUGAGCUCUAACGAGAGUCAUCUUGCGAGAGUGAUUAUCGGCCAGUUGAACUGGGGACUGAACGAGUCAUGCGAUUUAUGUCUUCCCGUUGAUCUACACAGGCAAGUAGCUUUACUGAUCGUCGAAGUAUACAUGAAACACGUCGACGAUCCAGGAGGGCAGAAUGCGAGUGGUAUGUUUGUCGAAGGCGUGAAACAAGUGUCCUCCAUGAUACGAUGGCAGAAUGCCGAGUACCAAUUCGUCAGCUGGGCUUGGGACGUGAUCUCGAAAUUGAAGCUUCAUCGUUUGGAUCAAUCAGACGCCGUCACUCGUUCCACUCUGAUGGAUCCCAGCAGCUCCCUUGCUGGUAUUCCGGAUAUGGAUAUAGAUCCGAAACUGGAGAUUCUAGCGAAAGGUGUUCGCGACAAGAAACCCUUGGCGAGUUACGUCGCGAUUUUGAUGACCAUGUGGGGCCAUUCGGUGCCUUUGAUCUGCUCCUCCGGAUUCCAGCAACUGGAAGUCUUGUUGGCUAAUUACAAAUACGAGCAGGCCUUGAGUUGCCUCUAUCUCAUGGUUCCUUUGUUCGUGGAAUGCGUGGACUCGUCGCUGAUAAAAAACGAGAAGUUCCUGGGAAUAGUCGCAGCCUUGCUAACGGCGGAUAGUAACAGAGCUUCGUACAUGAAGGCAGCGAAGAAUUUAUUAUCACCGGAAGAGUUCCCGGGACCUCUGCUGAGAAUGUUCGGGGAUAUGAUACAAUCUCAGUUGUACAGUUAUAAAAGAUACAAUUUGGAAUCGCCGAGGGAUCUCGUCUACCUGUGGCUGAACACGUUCAUGCUGAUCCCCGAUUGGAACAAAGACCACUCUGUGAUGCAUUUGAUGGACGUUGUCAUCAGUUCUUCGUUCUUUCACGCUGACGCCAAAAUUAUCGUCGAUCGAAUGUUUCAAAAUCUGUUCACCCCUGCGAUCGAGGAUGGUAACGAGAAUGCAACGAACAAGAACAGAAUGGCGUCGUUCGGAUCAUUUUUUAACUGGGCAACCGGAUCAUCGAGCUCGAACAGUCUUUUGGGGAAAUCGACACAAUCGGUUUGGGUAGCUUACGAGGUAUUGUUAACAGAACAAUAUAACAGGGAGAUCAAGACUGGCUUGUGGCGAGAGAUACUGAAGGAGUUGGCAGGGAAGACUAGAGUUUCAUUGGACACUGCUAUCAAGCGAGCCUGUGCCACCAUCAAGAUGCAGUCCUUCUCUUCCAACAGCCUUUCCAUCUAUCGCUGGUCGCAACAGGCUUUGGACACUCCCAUGGACCAUCCGAUCCUGCCUCUUCUGUGGCAAAACUUCUUUGCCUUGUUUUUAGCCAGAGUCCCGUCCGCUUCCGGUGUAGUAGAUCACGGCGGCGUCGGUGAAAAGUUCUUCGAGGGCAUGAUCAAUCUCAGUUAUCUGAAAAGACUCAAAAAGCGCUUGAACGACACUACGAGCUACUUUCAGUCGAAAUUCGAACAAGAUUUAGAAGAUACCGCUGGUCACGCUGAACGAGGUCAAGAAGAAACCGCUAAUCAUUAUCAAUCAAAUGUUGAACAAAGUUCAGAGUUUGAAUUACGUGCAGAAAACUCGUCGGAUCAAGACGGAGAGGAUAGAGUGUUCGGUAAUAGGUCUAAGUUUUGCUUGGAUCUAGCUCGAUUCUACAAGACUUUGAGUCUGUGGCUUGAGGAACCGAGGCUACAGGAACCAGGAUUGUAUUUCCCAGCUCUUCCACCUCAGUAUAUGUCUCAGAAGCUGGUCGAACUGGUCCACGAUAAUUGGACACCGUGGCUGGAGUACGUUGAUUAUUACCAGGUGCAAUUGAGCCAGCUGGCAGCAGUGAAAAAUUGGGAAAAAUCUAGCUUUAGACAAGAAGGACACAGAAACCUACCAAACAGUUUCAUGGCCUCGGAUUCUUUGGACCCGCUUCGGAGGAUCUGCAAAAGAUUGUUGCAGUACGAAGAUCCUAUCCCGGCACCACCUGUCACGAAGAACCCCGAACACUUUAAGAAUCUGAUCAGUCCGGCAUGUUUCUUAUUGUACGAUGCCGACUCGUUGAUUGAAAAAGUGAAGAAGGAAGUUAAAACGCUGACGGAUUACGCGAGGACGUAUUUCGUAAUGAUGUCGGAGUACGCGGCCAAGGAUUCGGACUUUUUGGAACUCGUGCCGAAGCUUUAUAAAGUCGUGGAGAAUUGUGUAACGUUACACGCUUUGUGCGAUCCGGUGGAGACCAACAGGAGACACAGUCGAGUGGGAGAGAGGCCAGUCGCGGUCAAUUGCGCGGGACCAGCUGUGAUAACUAUGAAGGUACCGGAAGCCUACAUCAACGACAGCGUCGACCUGAUGAUAGCCCAGAACCGGGCCGAGUACGAAAACUUAUUAGUAAAAUCCAGUCAACCACCACCGAGUAAAGUUACUCAAGCAUCUGUCUUCAUGGAUCACUUGGUAGCGACGUUGGUGCAUGAAAUAACUACCAUCAGAAAUUACGUGAACGCCAGCACUAAUUCCUUGGAGAGACUUCAGCAGACUGGGACAAGACUGUUCUAUUAUCUGAUAGAAUGUUACACGGAAGAAGUCGCCUACUGUCCUCCCACUAGACAACUCAUUACUACCUGCAUGGAGAGACUCGGACAGUCUUUUAUCAACGGUGAAGAAAACGAGGGACCUAGGCUCUUAGACACUGUCAUAGAUAAACCAAAUCUGGGCAGUUUACUCGCUCCCUACUUCACGCCAGUCGCGGGUUCCGCUGUAAAAUUUCUUCAGAUGUACCAGACUAUCGUUAAAUAUUCGACUGGAACCAACAUGGAUCUCUGUUUCGUUCUAUUGUCGAAGUUCGACGUUGCCGUUUGGUUGAAUCACAAACGACCGCGGCUCAGUGAUCGUUCCAGAUUCAUCGAUCUGGUAGCCGAAGCUCUAUGCGAAAUGGGUUACAAUCCGGACAAGACGAAAUUGGUAUUACACGAGUUGUUCAGGAAUCAUUUGCGGCUAGUGCUGUCGCACGACUUUCCGGAACAUUACGGGGAGGUUCUCAGCACUCUGUUGAGAAGCAGCGAGGGACAGAAUCUAUCGUUAGACGUGUGGAGAGAUUUCUUGACUACGUUGACCGGGAGAACGAGGAACAACGCGUUCGCCACGUUCAACUGCUUGAAAAUUAGGGAUGAGAUACGUUAUUACGCGAUUGAACAGAGAUUGCUCUCGCAUCAAGAGAUACGCGAGACAGCAGUGCUGUUGAACCGACACUUCGUCCAGGAACGCCUUCAGUACGGGCUGUAUGGUCUAUAUCCGAAAUACCGAAUUUAUAACGAACCGCUGAGCGUGUUCCUCGGUAUGGUCGGUCACGCCUUCGUCGCUCUCACUCUUCAACUGGACCGAGGCUCGUUAGGGGAUCAACUCUGCGACAAAAUCUGGCCAAUUCUAAACGACAUGUACUCGCCUUGGCUCGCUCCUUACUGGACCCGUAAUCUCAAGGAGCCCACCGCUGCCUGGAUCCAACAGUUGACCGACGACCGUUCCGUUCUCCUUCCAUGGAUCAUUUCUGACGGUCCCUAUGCAAACAAGAUGGUCGCCAUGUUCGUAGACUGCAUCCGAUUUAUAUUAGACACUCUGCCAGCGUCAAACAAGAUUUUGUCCUCCUUGUGGCAGUCCUACGUAACCAAUUAUGCUCAUCCAUCUGUUAAGGAACAUGUACUGAACGUGAUCCACGGGAACUUUCUAACUCUGCCUUGGGACAGAUUUAAUCCUAAUUUAAAUGAUCUAGAGCUGAUGGUCAAGAUCUUGGAUCAGUUUCUUCCCGACAGUCACCUCUUCUUGGGAACCGUGUUUAUCUCGAUAGAUUGGAAAAGAUGGAUGAGUGAUUGGGUGAUAGGAAAUCCGUCGGUCUCCUCGCUGACGAGGAUCCACGUUUGCUUAAUCAACUUGACGGUGAAACUGGCGAACGAAGCUAACAUCAGAGAGAACGAUAAGGCGAUCCAACUUGUCACAGCGGCUGAGAAAUUCUCCUGGCAUUUGUUAGACGCCGCAGCCUAUGACCACAUAAUCAACUGGUACGUGACCAAUUGCGAUCCGAGGCAUAUCCUUCAAAGUAGUACUGGCCAGUGCUAUCCAAUGGACACAGCCGUCAACAGACUGCUGAAGAUGGCAGCCGGCUAUGAUUCUAGUCUGAAUCAUUUUCAUCCGAGCACGUUGAAGAAGAGACAGCUUUACAUUCGUUCGACGGUGAAAAUGUUGAACAAUUGCGCUGCCAGGCACAAGAACCUUUUGCUGGAAGCGCCUAGGGCCUUUUCGGAAACCCUGUCGGCUAUAUUGGACGAUAUGGAGGCAGUUAUAACGAACACCGUUUCGGAAUCGCAACAGGUGGCCGAGGCGUCUGUACUGAUCACGGAAAUUAUGGCGGCUGUAAAUCAACACGGCACCGGCCACGUGGAACAGCUCCGACUUGGUUGGUGUUCUUGGUUGUCUAAAAGAUCUGCUGGAAAUCCGAUCCUGGUUGCCGUUUUAAAAACAAUAGCGACAGUUACCGAGGUGCCAUUGGUUUACGGAGAAUUGAUGGAAUCCGCGCUUGAGGCGUAUUUCAAAUUCAAUGUGUUGGAGGAGGUUCCGCCGUCCUGGGCCGAGGCAAUGAGGAUUUUGCAAUCGGGAGUACCGACACUGAAGCAAUCCGUCGCGUUGCCACUGGAAACUGUGUUGGUCAACGAAGGAAAGCUGCUAGCCUUAUAUUCUAUUUUACUGAAACGAUUGCCGUCUUGUCAAGACAUUAGAGAGGAGGGGAUGUUGCUGUCCAGUUUGAUGGACUGGAUCGCGGCCAUAAGACCAGUGUCUUUCCAUUUUAGAAACAUAGACGAGGAGAAGUUACCGCUUCUCUGGUCGAAAGCUUGCGAGCUGGCUUACAGACAGUGCCUAUACAACGAUACUACUAAAAUAGCCGCGAGGGCGUUAAAAAGUCUGUCCAAAUCGUUAUUAACGUUCGUCGACGAGGGAGGACAAGGUGGAUGGGCGAUAUUAGACGCUAUCGGUCUCAGGAAGAGUUCCCAUUUGUCACCACGGUGCAAAUUCUUAUGCCGGGCAACGGCCGUCUAUUGCUUGGCUCAGCUGCCCGAGUGUAAAUCCUCCGUGGAUCAGUUAGUAAGGUACGCGGCCUAUUCCCCGGGUGUGGCACCGACCUCGAACUCCGAAACGGACUCCGAGACAGACAUCAGGCCGAGCUUGGAGGCAGUGAAGGCGAUGCAAGCGCUCGAGGGUCUCUUACUUAAUAAACAGUUCGCCGAAGUCAAAUGCGACGUGGAGCGCGCGAUAAGGUUGAUAAAGGAUCCCGGGAACUCGCUGCACAAUGCCACUGCUGUGAUCGGAACGAUGGCGACGGAAAUUUACAAUCAGAGAUACUUGCACGUUCUGAUAGACUAGACUGCUGACGUCACGGUAUUGUUAAAUGAAUUAAUAGAUAUAUAUUGUGGCUCUUUCUGCCUGAACGAUUAGCGGGAGCGCUAUAUUGUCAUAUAUUGUAAUAUUAUUAAAUACGUUGUAAUAAAUUAAGUAAUGUUGCCACGAUAAUAAA